AUGGCGCCUACAUUCACCAAUUCCAACGGAUGUCCUAUUCCUGAGCCCUUUGCCACACAGAGAGUGGGCAAGCACGGCCCAUUGUUGUUGCAGGACUUCAAUUUGAUCGACUCUUUGGCCCACUUUGAUCGCGAGAGAAUCCCCGAAAGAGUGGUGCAUGCCAAGGGUUCUGGUGCCUAUGGUGUUUUCGAAGUGACGGACGACAUUACGGAUAUCUGUUCUUCCAAGUUUUUGGACACAGUGGGUAAAAAGACCAAGGUUUUCACCCGUUUCUCCACUGUUGGUGGCGAGCUGGGAUCGCCCGACACAGCUAGAGACCCUCGUGGAUUCUCCACCAAGUUAUACACGGAAGAAGGUAACUUGGAUCUCGUGUACAACAACACCCCAGUUUUUUUCAUUCGUGAUCCAUCCAAGUUCCCCCACUUUAUCCACACGCAAAAGCGUAACCCACAGACUCACUUGAAGGAUGCCAACAUGUUCUGGGACUACUUAACGUCAAAUGAAGAGUCUGUCCACCAGGUCACAACCUUGUUUUCCGACCGUGGUACCCCAAGAUCCUACCGUGAGAUGAACGGUUACUCGGGACACACAUACAAAUGGUCUACGAAAGAUGGUAACUGGCAUUACGUGCAAGUGCACUUCAUUUCUGACCAGGGCGUGAAAACUUUGACCAAUGAAGAGGCUGGCGAGUUGGCCGGCCUGAAUCCAGACCAUGCCCAAGAGGAUUUGUUCCGCAACAUUGCCAAGGGUAACUUUCCAAGCUGGACAUGUUACAUUCAGACUAUGACCGCUCAACAGGCCAAGGAGGCUCCAUUCUCUGUCUUUGACUUGACAAAGGUCUGGCCACACAAGGAUUACCCCUUGCGCCGUUUUGGUAAGCUUACCUUGAACGAAAACCCCAAGAACUACUUUGCUGAGGUUGAACAGGCGGCAUUCUCUCCUGCCCACACCGUGCCAUACAUGGAACCUUCCGCAGACCCAGUGUUGCAAUCGAGAUUGUUCUCUUAUGCAGACACUCACAGACACAGAUUGGGACCCAACUACACUCAGAUUCCAGUCAACUGCCCUAUCACAGGAGUGUAUAAUCCUCAUAUGAGAGAUGGUGCUAUGAACGUGAAUGGUAACUUGGGCUCUGCGCCUAACUAUCUUGCCACGAGCGAGCCUAUUGAAUUCCGCCAAUUCAGUAUCCAAGAGGACCAAGAGGUCUGGAACGGUGCUGCUUGCCCAUUCCACUGGAAGGCUACUGAGGAUGAAUUCACUCAAGCAACUGCCUUGUACAAUGUUUUGGGUAGAUACCCAGGCCAGCAGAAAAACUUGGCUCACAAUGUUGCAGUGCAUGUAAGUGCAGCCGACAAGCCUAUUCAAGAGCGUGUCAUUAAGUAUUUUGGCAAGGUGAGCCCAGAGUUGGCGGCCAAUAUUAGGAAGGAGCUUGAGGCAAACUAA